AUGGACGCCGAGUCCGCGCUCGUAGAUACCUUGAGGCACGUGGCGACCCCCGCGCGGGGCAAGACGCGCGGUGAUGGCGCGGUCGAAAAGAUCAACAUAUACGAUCUGGUCACGUGGACGCGGCGGCGCGAGCCGUCGCCCGAGGCUGCCGAGUCCCCAGCGCCGGCAGCGCCCGCGAGCCCCGCGGGCCCCGCUCGCUUCUGCGCGCCGCCCGCCAGCGCGGCCCCAACCAGUGUCGCAAGUUCUUCCUCCGCGCACAGCGCCUCCACUGCCACAGCGGGCGAGAGCCCGGCGCUUCCGCCGCCGGCUGCGCCUGUGCCCUCCACGCUCGCGUCUGCACUAGCGCCGCUGGCGUCGGUUGCGGCCUUGGUGACGCCCGCGUCACCUGCCCCUGCGGCUUCCUUGGCAACUCUGCGGCCCUCGCUCAAGGCGAGGCCUUCGCACGGCCACACGUUCUCCGGGGCCUCGGGCUCCAGCGGCUCCUUGAAAAACGUGCGGUUCGCACACCAGCUCACCACCGUUAAGCGCUUUGACACGCGCUCCGAGCCCAUGUCAAUCUCGACCGAAAACUCGCCUCGGCCCUCACCACGACUUGCGCCCUUCAAGACAUUCAGCCUGGGCGCGGGUGACGACGAAGAAGACUGUGAAGAAAGCGGAAGUGACGAUGACCAGUUCUGGUUUGGCACUGCGCUAUCCCGCACCAAGCUCCCUCUCGACGACAUUCAGAAAGGCCCCAAAGUUGGUACCGCUGCGCUCAAUCUGUUCGAUUCGGCGCUUUACAGCGAGAGUGACUGUGACAGCAUCAGCGAUUGCGAGAUCGAUCUGUCGUACUCAGAGCCUAGUGGUGUUCCCGCGUUGAAGCGGACAGCAGCGCUUCCCGCAGCGAUCGGGAAGGGAACCACAACCAGUGAAAGUCAAGCUGCCGUUUCAUCUUUGUCAUUCGGCAGAGGAGGCGCGCCUGCGCCUUCGCAACCCCGCUUCGCGGUCACCAGAUGGCACCUCGCGUCCUCUGAUAUAGAACCACUGGUAACACGCAGGGCCAUCGAUCUUCAGUCCCACAUUCUUGCACAUUUGCAAGGCCACAACAUCAAAUUAAAUCGCAUUUCUGCCUGCUUGGAUACCAAGAAGAUACAGGGCCUCAUUUACGUCACUAAUUUGAAUUUCGAAAAGGCCUUGGAGAUCAAGUUUACCUUCAAUAAUUGGAAAGACAUUCACUACGUCUCGGCUUACCAUCACCGUAGUGUCACCGACGCUAUAGACGAAUUCAAAUUCACCAUUCACCUAUCUGGUCUGUCUUUUUUCAUGCAGUCCAAAAAGCUGUUGUUUUGCGACCCUAACAUGUACGAAACCUGCUGCCCUCUGUCCAUGGAGCUGUGCUGCAGGUACGACGUGAACGGGGAGACCUACUACGACAACAACAGCUAUAACAACUAUCAUGUCAACUUGCAAGCUUUUACGAAACCUAUCGUGCGGAGGGACUCUUGCAGCGUUCCCAACUUGCCAAGCCUUGAGUCCGAACUGCUUCCUCGUCAAACCUCAAGCUCCUGUACGUUGACCUCGGAAAACGCCCAGAAAGAAUCACGCGCUCCGCAGACUAAGUCUUUUGGCAACGACUUUUUAGUGACAACCACCAUGUCCCACAAAAAGCCCAAGCCCUCGAAGACCACCUCUGGACGUCAGUUUUCCGAUGACACAGACUACUUCAACACCUCGCCCCUCAAACACCUUUUCCAUAACGACACAACGCUAGUGAAGCCUUCAAGGAUAAACGAGGUCACUUUCGAUGCUACACCAACCUCACCAAUGCAUUUUCUUUUUGGUGAGGACUUGUCUGACAAGCACUACACGCACAGCUCGCCGCCGACCACCUUACUCAGGUCUCCAGAUCGCAAGGACGCAGCUCAAGCCUCUGGCACUCCUAUGGGUUACUCGCGCUUGGAUGCUACCCCCGAUUCGACCUCGUCCUCUGUAGAUACUAGCUCUUCAUCAUCGAUCGCUAGUCAAAAGCCUCGCUCAUUGCAAGAGUUUGCGCCCUCGGGGAUGGAAAAAAACUUAUAUUUGGCAGCUACUGAACCACAACACGAGCAAAAGCCGAUCCCAGAUUCCUCGUCCUCAUCUGUGGAUUACGACACUUUGAGGAAAACAUAUUGUUUCUAUAACAGCAAGGAGUGCUCUGAUGCACCUAUCGAUCCCAAGCCUUCGUUUUGGACUCGUCAUGCCUCUUCCCCUCGCAACUCACCGCCAGUAGGGUCUCCGAAAGUUGAAGAUAGGUGGAUGCUCUGA